AUAUUUGCGUAAAAUUAUCGACAGAGUGCUGUAUCAUCUCGUAUAUUUUUAGAAAAGUAGACUCGCUCCAGCGGGUCGGCAUCGGUUAUUUACGUUUAGUUUUUUGCCGUUCGGCACAUAAUUUCAGCUGUUUUGGUGACUUUCUGUUUUUAACUUUAUAUUGUUAUCUACACUGAUGUGACAAAGACAAGAAAAGUCACGAGAGAAGUGUAGAUAUGUACGAUUGCAUUUUUCUCCACAGUGAAACUAGUUCUAUUAACUAAGCGGAUUAAGUGAUUUUAAUUAGUGUUCGAAGAGCCAAAGAUUUGGCUGAGGUGUGUCUCAAAUUCUGUUGUUUUACUGUAUAAAUUUGGAUAAAAUGGAAAUAGGUACCCGGAAUCUAAUUUGCCAUGGUACACACGUUAUACUGCUCGUACACAGUAAAUCAUAGAUUCAUACAGCAAUUUAGAUAGGUUGUCUUGUACAGCAGUAUCACUGUAUCGGUUCCCGUAACAACAAUGCAGUUUACUUUUCAGUUAUUGUUGUUGCAAUUGUCCGCAAAGGAGGCAGGCUGUCAGCGGAUAGAAUCCCCAGUUAAUCCAAAGGUUCCAUAAACUGUAUUGAAAAGAUGGUCAAAAGAUAUAAAAGAUGAUUUUGUAAGAAAACUUGGGUGAACGAUAUUUAUGACUAAGACUUUCCGUCCCAAAAAGAGCUUUGAACCAGGAACCUUAAGGUAUUCCCUUCAUAAACAAGCCCAAGCGUCAUUGAGCUCUGGAAUUAAUUUACGAGCUGUUGUACAGCUGCCAAAUGGUGAAGAUACAAAUGACUGGAUUGCAGUUCAUGUUGUUGAUUUUUUCAAUCGUAUCAACUUAAUUUAUGGUACGGUGUCUGAGUAUUGCACUCCAGAAAGCUGUCCAACUAUGUCAGGAGGACCAAAAUUUGAAUAUUUAUGGGCAGAUGGUGUAAAGUACAAGAAACCAACUCCUCUUCCUGCUCCACAAUAUGUUAGCCUCCUUAUGGACUGGGUAGAGUCACAGAUAAACAAUGAAACUUUAUUUCCUGUUUCAACAGAUGUACCUUUUCCAAAGACAUUUAUCCCCUUGUGUCGAAAAAUUCUGACCCGUCUUUUCAGAGUCUUUGUACAUGUUUAUAUUCACCAUUUUGAUAGAAUUGUGGCUAUUGGAGCGGAACCUCAUGUCAAUACCUGCUACAAGCAUUUUUACUAUUUUGUGAAAGAAUUUGAUCUUGUCAGUAGCAAAGAGCUUGAACCUCUGAAAGAAAUGACUGCUCAUAUUUGCCGGGAUCAUGUGGAAUCUCAGACUACCUCUAGCUGACCAGUUAGUUUUUUCAAAUGUUGUUUCUUCUUUUACUAUCAGUGUAGUAAGUUUUUGUUUUUAUUAUCUUUAACAUGGCUGUGUACAAUACAUGUUCAGUGUAUUAAGAGGAUGUCAGAAAUAUGUUGGCAAAAGGGGUAAGUGUACAAUUAAGACAUUGAUUAGGUAUUGGAUCUUCUUUGGAUGAAAAUAUGUUGUAAAACCUUUUUUUAAAUGACUCACUUAUUACUAAAAAUUUGUAUUUGAAAUAUGAGAGAGAAGUGAAAAGUAAAUAUAAUGUUCUUGAUAAAUGCUACAUAUGUUUAGGAUGAAUAUCUUCUUUCACUUGUCUUUAUAGUUCCUGUGCACUGAUUUUUCUUCUGUGUGUGAAUCCCAGGUGGAAAGAAAAUCCUAAGACUGAACGUGUAGCCAGUUAAUCAACAUCUGUUUUAUAAUUGAUUAUGUCAAACUUAUCCAUCAUCAUCAUUUGUGUCUUGAGUGCAGCAAAGCAUGAUACUCAAGGUUAGAGGUGUAGAAAUGGAGGAGGCCACUGUUCCAGCCACUGUGAAACUGGCCAUGAUCUAGGUUUAGCUACACUCCAAAAUAAAGGUGAAUGUCAUUUUGGUAUGAACAUAGGAUAAGAUUGGUCCUGACGUAAAUCCAAAUACAGUUUCCUAUUGAUAAUUAGUGCACUGAGCAUGCAAUAACAAAGCAUAUGAAAUUUUGUAAUUUGUGAACCAAAAUGAGUUUUCCACAACUUUGUGGUUUCAAUGAGGAAGAAUGUUUCCAUCUGAUAUUGAGGCCCUAGUCUGUAAACAACAGUGGAAGCAGAUUUAUCAUACUUAAUCAGUAAUAAAGUUAUUCAUCUCUUUUAUUGUUGUAGCAUAAUAUAAAUUUAACGAGAAACAAAUGUUACCUUGACCAAAGCCAUAAUUUACAUUGCAGUUUUAGUUUUCUAAUCAGUCAUCAGAUGCUUUCUGAUAGAUUAAAGCUGGAAUAAAACAACUUUGUGACUGACAGAUUGCAGUGGUAGCAAGUGAGUGGUGGGGAUGGGGUGGGGGGUGGGGGCAGUGACAUAUUGCAGUAUGCAGCCAGCCACACUUGACAUGGUGCCUGCAUGUACCUACAAGACACACAACACAUCAAGCCUUGUGGCACUCGUGGAAGACCUAAAACUAUCUUGUGGCUGGCUUCUACAACUUGUCUCACCGAAACAAGCCACCAUUAUUUUAAUUGAAGUAAAAUGUUGGCUGCUGAUCUAAGACCCAAACUUAAGUUUUUCUCAUGAGCAUUUCUCUUCUAUCUAAGUAGCAUAUCAUACUGAAACAAAGCAUCAGCCAGCAAGUACCUUGUUUCCAUCUCAAGCCACAAGCUGAUGUAGAAUGAAAGAUUAAUUUUGGAAUUCCAUCAGUCAGUAUAGCUAAAUUUUCAUGUAGAUCCUCUUAUGGAUGCUUUUUGUGCAAAAAAUCACUUAGAUUGUUUGGUGUUGUGAAAUUACUUUGUCUUUCGUUUGUGCGCUGGUCUUAAGAUUUAGUGUUGUUGACAUGCUCUGUAACUUCCAAUUAUCUCUCAAUCGGUAAGGAGAGUGUGAACUCGUGCUUUUGCUAUCCAUCACUGUAUGAUGCAUAAUGCUAUAAGAUUUAAGGAUUUAGAAAAGAAAUUAUUUCCUUUCCCCAAUUUUGAAACUGAUAAACUUCAAGUGCGAGACAGCUUUUCUGUAAACUUUGGAUGAAACUGACUGAGAUAUUACUGAGCAAUCCCCUACACAGCAGACUACCAUUUAUCAGUUUAGGUGGACUCCCAAUGAAUGUGUUGAAAUUUUGUGAAUAUGUAGCCUAAACUGGGAGCACUUAGAGUUCUCAUAUUCAUUAUUGGAAUUUGUAUAUGCUGUUUCUGGCAUCCUCCGAAAAUGUGCUGUAAAACCCAAAUUGGAACUGUGUGUGUGUGUGUGUGUGUGUGUGUGUGUGUGUGUGUGUGUUGUCAGGCGUUAAAUGUGACAUUAGAUGUAGAAAAAUUUAAAAAGAAAGCUGUGAAACCGUAUAAGCAGGAGCCAAAUCACACCAGUCUUAUUAAUCAAAUACCUCAUUCUGUAGAUAUAUUGCAGAUAUUCAGAUGAUGAGGUGAGAUUCACAUUAAUUCAGGGGUCCAUUAGAAAUACAAACUUUAUCAUUUAAAUUUUUAUUUUAUUUUAUUUUAUUUUUUUUUUCCUGUGACCAGGGUUACCUGCCUAAUGAGUCAAAAUAGAAUGUAAUGUUUUGCUGUUAAUGGUGGGGUGGUCACAUGUUAGACUCCUGAAUGGUCUCCCUCCCUCCCUCCCAUCAGUUAGCAGAUCUGGCAAGAUAAACUUAGAAUUUCAUUGUAUGUUAUGCAUUUAAUUUUUGUGUAUCUACUAACAUAAGUAGUGUGACUAUUUUUCAAACAGGGCAUAUGUAUCUAAGGUGAUGACAUUGAGAAACUUGUGUUUAGAAAUGUAAAAUACAGUUGAAUUUUGUACGGAACAUUUACUCCUUUUCUCCACUUUAGUAUGUCCUGUAACAAAUUUUAGAUUAUUGAAUUUUGCAGUGAUAAUAAUGUUCAAAUAUUCCCUAUAAAGCUCUUCUUUCUUAUUCAUUGUAUCAUUUUUUAAGUCCAUGUUGGCACAUACUUGCUCACAAUCUGCAGUGAAAAUAAUGUACUAUACUGUUUGGUCCCCCAUAGGAGAAGCUACUGACAAACCAAAGAAUAGUGCAUGAGAGAAAACUUAAACUUGUGUUUGGUGAACAUUGAAAAGUACUUUCCAACUGAAUCCAUUUGUUGUAACAGUCAAACCUAAUUAUUUUCAAGUUCUUUGAAUAUUUCUUUAAUCUUGUGGGCAUUUAAACUGGAAAUGCUUCUUUAAUCAAAAUUCAAUUUUGUGAGCAUUUCAUAAAAUCAAAUACAUAAACAAAGUUAUAAGCUAUAUAUUUUACAUUUGCUUCUGAGACCCACAGAAUGUGUCUCGUUAGCAAUAGGACAACGUAGUGUUGUGUUACGCAGCAUAAAUGGGGAGGGGGAAAAUUAAAGUUAUGACAAAGUUUGUAAAGGAUUCCAAAAUCCCCUUCGAAUACGAGUCAAAAUUUUUAAUCCAUACUUUACAUGUCUCAUCUGGAGCUCUCGUAAGUCAUUUCCUGGGAGUCUCUCUCUCUCUCUCUCUCUCUCUCUCUCUCUCUCUCUCUCUCUCUCUCUCUCUCUCUCUCUCUGUGUGUGUGUGUGUGUGUGUGUGUGUGUGUGUGUGUGUGUGUGUGUGUGUGUCCAGACUAUUCUGCAUUUUGAUAAAGAUCCUGAAAGGAGAGGUUAGAAAAUGUCAUAAUACUUUUGUGAGCUGUGAGGUAUCACCUCCACAAAAUAUAUUGGGAGAGGUUAGAGUUUCACCAUUAUUUUCUCCAGUAUUGUGCAGCCUAUUUAUUGUUCUUAUUACAUGAUUUGUGACAUGAUUCUCAGUUGUUUAGAAUUUCUUCACAGUAUUCUUCCUUUCCUUCAGUAUUUGCCUCACCUGCAGCAAGUUCUGCUACUGGUUGGCAAGUAACCAUCCAGAAUUUGGCAAUCAUCUUUGUCUUAAGUCAGUAAUGAGACUGACUUUCUUAUCAUUGCAUACAUCAUGUGCACAAAAGGAGGGAAAUCGCGUGUGGCAUCUGUGUGUGCCUUGUGUAAAAUUUUCCUAUGUGUAUUCAUAUUUCAUCUGUUGGUGUGUUGUGUUUCUGAGAUUUAUAUGGGGGAAUGUCUCUUGCAUUUGUUGAGAUAAAUCGGGAAAGACUGCCUAAAAAUCACUGACAGACAGACAGACCUGGUAUAUCAGACAAACUGACUUUAACCGAGCACACACAUUCAUUCCAUGGUUGGCUCACUUUCUAGUCUCGCAAGUUAGGAUGCUGUUCAUUAAUCUUUAUCAGCAAGUCAUUGCUUACCAAAUGUGUGUUUCCAUUUUUCUUUUUACUAAGUGUACAUGGCAGUUGUCAGUUUGUGUUGCUCUGUGCUUAUACAUUUUUGUUGUUGACAACUUAGCUCAUUGCAGUAUAUUAUUUAACAUACCCGUCUCUUUUAUUAUGGUUUGCUGUUAGACGUGCAGUUCUACAUUUACAUAUAUACUCUGCUAGCCACCAAGCGGUGUGGGGGGAGGGCACAAUUCACACCAAAGUCAUAUCCUCCCCCCCGUUCCACUCGCAGAUUGCGUGAUGGGAAAAACUACUGUCUCAACGCCUCAGUACAAGCUCUAAUUUCUCUUAUUUUUUGAAUGAUGAUCAUUACACGAUUUGAAAAUUGGUGGUAAUAACACAUACUCUACAUCCUCGGUGAAGAUCGUAUUUCGGAAUUUAGUGAGCAGCCCCAUCCCUUUCCCGCGCCGUCUAUCUGCAGUCACUUGAAAGUAUAACAAGCAGUUGUGGAAUAUUUAGCUACUGUCAUGCUCAACUGUGUAACUUAAAAUACAUUUUGUCAUGUAGAGAGUGGCACAAGGAAACACAAAAAAUUGAAGUAGUUUUUGAAAAUAAGGUCCAUAUGAUAUGGCCAUUCAGAUGUAUGCAUUCCUGGAAGGAGAUUUUGCAUUGCACUUUGAAACACCAGAGAUUUUUUCACUAAUCCCUGUCUUCAGCUCUGUGUUAGCCAUUUAGCAUGUGGUGUAUACUUUGCGUUUGAGGCAGCUACUGAAAAAUCUUAUGUUCUUGGGGGCCAGUGAAUGUUAUCAAUCUGUUAAAUUAUGAGGUUACCAAAGAGCUGCCAACCAGCGGCAUUGACACUCUGGCAGUAUGGGAUGUGGCUAUAUCUUGCUGAAACCAAGCAUCAAGUAUUAUGAAAAUAGGGUAAGUUUGGAGAUUAUUCUGCUACAAAUGUGUCAAGCAUAUAAACAAAUUGUUCAGAUGUUACUGUUGUUGCAUUCCGUGUGUCAUCCCCAAAGCAGUAAGGCCCCGUCAACACCUCACAUUGAUGACAAAAAAAUACUUUAACCUUUACGCAAAGUAUUUCUGGUUUUUACUAUUGACAAUGGUUUUCUGGAGCUUAGUAGCUGAACCUCUGCUUGUUUACUUCUGCUGAUACAGAACUAAGCCUCACCAAAUAUGGAAAGAUUGUCGAGAAAAUUGGAGUUAUCAUUAAUCAAUCCCAUCAUUUUUCACAGAAUAUGUGCUCUGAUUGUCUCAGUUCCCGAAAACUUGAAUUUCGUAAGAGUGAAACUUCAAAUCACUGUGGAGUAUUGCAUGGAUGGUAGUUGGACAUAGGUUUAAUGCUACUAUAUGUUUCCAUACCGAUGCUUCUAAUGUGGCACUCAGGGUGCUUAAAUGUUUUAUGGAGCAUGUUGAAUAUGUUGACCUCUGGGUAUAUUCUGUUUUAUAACUGAACCAGUCUCCUCAAAAUUCUCAACCUGUCUUGAUAGCGUGGCAAGAUGUAAUGUGGCCACAGUGUUGUAAAUUUUAGUACCUGAAUUUUUGUUGAGCAGGAGUUAGACUGUCACCAUUCUUAUAGUGAUUUGCAUGUUUCCUGGUCCAAAAGUACACAGCAGCAUUGUGCGUAAUGUACUAUUGGGCGACCAUAAGAAUUUAUAUAUUAAAAUAUUAAAAACUGAUACCUAUAAAAACAGGAAUGGGGAAGAAUUUGGCAUUGCAAGGAGUUCUCUUGCUCGUGUACCGUAGGUCUCUUGCCUGGCUGCACACUUCUCCCACCACCAUACUGUGCUGUCAGAGCAUGAGGAACGAAAAGAGGAGAAAACUGCGAAAACUCCGCAUGUAAACAGCAAUACAGCCAUAUUGCCUGUAACACGAUUUGAUGUUUCUCAACAUCAUAGAUCGCAAACAAAACAAAUUUUCAGCAUUAUUUAAUUAUUUUUGCCUUAGUGAAUACAUAAUUUUUCAUCUGGUACAAAAUGUCAACAUACAGACAUAUGCAGACUAUGUCACAGAUUUUUGCACUCUGGUUGCCAUGUAGUGGUGACUUAUGUAGUUCUAUAAUUGAAAAAGUCUUUAACACUUUAUUAUGUGUCCAACCUCAUAAUGGAGAUGUGGAACUUCUUCAGAGGAAAACAAUGUAGGCCCUCUGGACAGUAUAAACAAAAAAUAAUUUCUUUUUUAAAUGGGAAUUACACUGUAAUUACAGUUGCAUUUGCACAUGCACAGGGCCACUUCUGAGAUGGCAAACUGUCUUGGGAAAAAGCCUAAACUUGGCAGUGUCCCCAAAAUGUUUAGAAAACUGUCCUUUUAAUUCUUUCAAGUCCUCAAUGUAUUCUUCAAACCUUGCAUUUUUUUUAACAUGAGUUGGUUUAGGGAAAUGGAUGGCAUUUCUUUUUGUCUCAAAUUGUUCCUUGUGCAGUGCGAGAUCUGCAGUCCAUACCAGAUGAUCUAAUUUUCGUUUCUGCUCUUCCUUUUUCCUUCAUAGAUUCAACAACAGUGUUGGGUUUUAAACUGAUAAAUAAUUGCAGGCAUACCCCUUGACUUAACCAAUGUACUUUGCAGUAAUAUGUAGUGUCUCCAUACUUUUCGUUUAUUUCCAUUGAAAACUGUUACAGUUCACAGUGGAAUAAUGUGUGAGGCUUCAGAAAAUUUGCUAUUCACACACCAGUUUGAUCACAUGUUCCAUGCCUACAAAUUUAGGACAAAGUGCUGCUUGAUGAAUCCCGUGUGUCGAUCAUAAUUUUUUGCUCUUUUUGUCAACUAAAUUUUUUAAUUCUUUCUGAUGGUGUUGCAAUGGUGUUCCAUAGCAGAUUUGUGGUACCCUUUGACUAUACGAUGGGUGUCGUUCCCAUUCAUUUUUAAAAGCUUGUGACAGUAGAUAACUGGAUUGCCUCAUUUUGUGCAGUAGAUAGUGCAAACAGUCACUGGACCUGUCAAGUUUGUUUUUAUACCAUGAACAAAUAACAAAGAUUAAACAUUGCUGACACAACAAUUCUACUAAACUGGAGAAAGUAGUGCUCACUGAAGAAUGCUGCACCUCAUUGUUAAAUAAAACGUUGCACUGUGCUGAAUACUUCUGGGAAGUACCAAGCAAUGUUGAGACAGACCGAGCCUUGGCCUGCACAUUGUACUCACAAGUUUUUUGCCACAUAGUGGUGUACCAUGUAUAAAAGCAACCAGAAAAUAUAUUUUUAAUCAUCAUCAUCAGAAUAUCAGGUUCCUAUUGCUAGGGAUAUAAGGAUUCUUAGAAGCUGUUUCAUAAAUCUUGUGCUAGCAUGAGCAGUAGUAUUAGAAACAUAUAAGCAUAUACAGGAAAAAUACAGUAAAAUCUCCUUUUCACAUUUUUCAGUGGACCUAUCCAAAAAAGUGUAGCAGCAAAGUUAAAAUAAAGGAAAACAUAGGAAAUAAAACAAACAAAAAUCAAUAAAUUACUCUGUUAUUCUCUUUAAAUUGUUCAAAAUAUGAAAUUAAAAUAAUUUUCAAACACAUUACCACCACCUGAUGCACUACCAAUGUACUGCCUAAAAUUGUUUAAUAGCUUCCAUAGUGUCUGUACUGCUUGGCACAAGUGGUUCUUGGUCAUCAUCUUCGUCGACCUCUUCACCAGUCACCUCUAUCUUCCCUUCUUCAAAAAGUUUGGUAAUUUGAUGUUGUGAAGUUGGUGAUUCCCAUUUUUGCAGCAGACUGCAAUGCCUUUUCCCCCAGUAUGUUGCUGUUAAGUGGAAUUUCUGAUGCUCUCGUGUUAACAAACCACUCUCCAACAAGUUUAUCCAAACGAUCAUAUGCUGGUGGCCAAGUGUAUUUACACUUUCUUUCCAUGGAACCAGACUGUCUUACAUUGGCUUCAAUGUUGGGCUGAUUUCUCACAGUAAGGUUCAAGGUGGAAGAGGAAAAUCCUAGUCCCUUCACUAACUGAACUUGCGAUCCAACAUGUGAACAUACACAUUGUAAAAUUGUCAUAAGUGGUGAUCACAAAGUAAGUGGCUGAGAACUGACACACAAUUGCGCGUGCGGGUUUUCCUCUUCAUGCCGAUCAAAAGUCUCUUGUGAAACCACAUUAAGAUGAUGUUCAUUUUCUAAUGUGAGACUUGUUGAUAAUCAUUACAAAUUAUGGUGAACAAAACUUGUAUCAAAUAUUGGUUAAAACACUACUAAAGUCGGCAGGCUUUGCAAACAGAGAGCAGUAGGCUCAAAAUAUUCAGCUUGUUGACAGCUAGGAAUUAAAUUGGUUCAGGGAUAUCCUGGGUGAGAAAGAGGGCAGAAAUUGACAUAAUGUCAUGGAGCAUCUUGAGUAGUAAUGUUUGUCGGACAUCAGGUUGUACCAGUCUAAAACUGCAUGCUUAGUGUGGAUUAGUGUACUUGACGUGGAAGUAACGAUGAUUCAUGAAAGCCCAUUAUGGAGACAACUGUCUUCAAACGUGGAGUUUGUUUGUUUGUGAAAUUAAAUUAAAGCUGUUGUAAUACAGUGCAAUGAGCAGAAGGAAGGUUGCUACUAGCCACUACCAUCAGAUCGUGAUUAUCAUUAAGGCAGUGGUUCAGCAUACUUUCCCAACCUUUCAAACACUGUGAACGUAUCGUACAAGUGGCUGGGACCCAACACACUGACAGUGGUAAUCUUUCUUACUGCUUUAAUGCUAUGUUACUUGAUCAAUAACGGUGUAUAUAGUCUGCAUCUUCUGCUUUGUUCCAAGGCUGACUGAGCAGGAAUAUGAUGCACUUUUUGAUGAUAACAUCAAAGAAAACUUAAAAUGCAGGAAAUGCUGUAACAUGGGAUUGUUUGUGAUGGGAAAGAAUUAUCAAGAGAAUAGGACUAACAAAAACGAACGUAAAAAGUAGGAAAUCAUAAAACGCAGUAACUUUGAAAUGGGGUUUUACUGUAGAUGCUUGAAUCCUGUUAAUAGACAUCUUCCACCAUAAAAUAAUAAUUUCUCAAAAAACACAAAUGUAAGUUUAGUAAUGUAACUGUUUCUUGCCUUUUUGAUAAAAUUAUAUUAUGGUUGAAAGCAGUCUUCUUCCAAGAAAAUAAAUAUUUCUUCCAAUAAGGAAAUUGAACAGAAUACAUGUUGCCAUGUAAUUUGGUUGUGGUCAAAGGAGCAGUUUGCAUCUUCAGUAUAUUUAAGGCAAAUGAAGAUUGCUUAACAAGAACAAAAAUAUCAUCAUGUUAAUUGUAACAUAUUGUGUCUGCUUUGAGUUAAACUGUUGGAACUGCAGUUCACAUUUGUGGAAUAAAUUAAUCUAUUGGAAUAUGAAUGUUGUGAGGUAGGUAGGUUAGAGUUUAAUUCUUCAGUGACAUUGAGAUAGUUAGGCAUAAAGCAGUAGUUCAGUGGAAGAAUGAAAGAAGACAUCAACAGUGGUUUCGUUCUGACAGUACCAUCCUGGUAUUUGACUAAAAUGAUUUUCGUGAAAUUCCAAAAGUUUGUCAAUAUGACUGGAUGAAGAAUGGACCCUUCCUUCUCCUGAAUGUGAUUCCCGUGUCUUAACCAUUUUGCCAGAGUCUUCUCUUGGUCAGCAAUUUUCAGUAACAUUCAGUUGGUUGUUGAUAUAUUAAUUCUUGUCCCCCACCCCCAAAGGCUGUCUCUCUCUCUCUCUCUCUCUCUCUCUCUCUCUCUCUCUCUCACACACACACACACACACACACACACACACACACACACACACACACACACACACGGGGCAUGAUAAUGAUGAAAUGAAAAAGUUUGAACAUUUUUAUCACAUUGUUUAUGAUUUAAUCUCCAUAGAGAUCGGUGUUACUGUUUACAUGAUUGUGAUGAAUGUCUUAAAAUUUUCUAGAAGCACAGCAUUUAUGUAUGAAUAAGACUUAAAUGCAUUGUAUGUGGUUUUUUAUUCAGCAACAGAAGUUUAACUUUUUUGAUUUUCCUAGUAACUUGAAGGAAAAAAGUUACCCAACUAUCAUGUAUUUGUCCCUCUUAUCCCCCAGACUUUUAUUAAUAGAGACUGAAUCAAGUGUUUCAUUAUUGUCAUUGUUAACACUGUGAUAACAAUAAGAUCUUAGUUUAAUCCUCAGGGUAUAUUUGUGGGUAAAUGUAAACAUCAUUCACUUAUGUAGCUGUUUGUUGAUAGUUAUUCCUGAGACAGUUUCUAAUGUGGGCAUACUUUGUCAAUAUCAUGCAGUAUUUUAGAUGAAAUUGUAUAUGUUAUGAAUUUUUAGUUCACUGCAAUUUUAAAGAAAUGAGUGUCAUGUUUCAAGUAUUGCAUUAUUUACACAUAUAUUUGUGAACCGUGUGGAUGUAAACCUAGUCAUUGUAAUUGGAAUUAUCAUGUUUUAAAAAUGCAUUUGUCUGUUGUGGUAUCUGUUUUAAAGUUCACUGUUACCAAUUUGGAGAAAGAAAUAACUGGUUCCAUAGUCAGCAUGUAUCAGUAUUUUUUUUUCUUCUGACAGUUGAGUGGUGUAAUAGGUGAACAGUCUACUGUGUAUCAUGUACAGAAUACACAGAAAUACAUUUUUUAAGGCCCUGGAACAUUUCUCCCCCAGUUUCAUUUACUUGUGUGUGUCAGAAAAAAGUGGUGUGCUAAACAUCCAGAACUUUGUUCAAUUUAAUUUUUGUGUACAAAUUUUUAAAUGGUGGCUAAGAUGAACAUUUGUCACUUUUUGUUUUAAAUUAGUAUUAAUUUGUAGUUAACCUUUGUGAAAAGGAAACUUUUCAAGAUCUGAAGUUUUGUGCCAUUGGUUGUUUUGUUUUAAUUAUUAAAUUAUUGGAUUGCUGUGCAUAAUUUGCUUUGCAGUAAUGCUAUUGUUCUUGUGUGAUGUACUCACUAGUCAGAAAUGUCAAGAAUUCUAAUGCCUCCUAGUAAUGUGAAAAUAAAUUAAUGUGGAUGCAUUUGUAAGCAUA